ACGAGAACUUCAACUUGCGGAGCUGCAACGGCAGGUCGAAGAGUGUGAGCUGCAAGCUGAACUCCAAGCUAUUGAUGCCGAGGCAGGGAGUAGCUGCGCAGGUCGUAGCCAUUCAGAUCAGACAACAUAAAUCGGCUCCACAAUGCGCUCCGCGGCCCCGCCCGGGACGCCGUCGCGGCGCUGCUGAUGUCCACGGAGGACCCGGAGGAGGUGAUGCGCGCUCUCGAGGACAACUUCGCCCGCCCCGAGCUCAUCGUCUACAAAGAGGUCAAUUCUUUAAAAAACCUUCCUCGCCUGGGAAACGACUUGAAAGAACUAGGAGUACUGUCGAAUAAGGUACGCAAUUCUAUUUCUACAAUCAAGUUAUUAAACCAUUUAGAGUACUUGUACUCUCCUGAGCUAUAUCACGCCGUUUUAGGGAAACUAAACCCUACAAUGAAAAUUCGGUGGACAGACUUCGCCACGCUUGAUGCCACAGGGCGUCCUAAGCUCGAAAUAUUGUCUGAUUUUUUAAAACGCGAGUUCGAUCAACAUAUUCGUUUCGGCUUGUCACCAGAGUUUAUUGCUACACAACCGCAAUAUGUCGCUGAAAAAACACAUAAGCGCGAAAUCAUUCACAAUAUUUUUACGCAAUCAAAGUCGUCAUCGAAAGUCAAACAUAUUAAAAAAGAAAUAUGCGCAUUUUGUGAUAAUGAUCACGAUAUAAAAGAUUGUUCAAAAUUCAAUUCUUUAUCUGUUGAUGAACGAUGGCAGUGGUUACGUGAAGCCAAAGUUUGCUAUAGGUGUUUAAAGGCUAGUCCACACCAGUGGAAUACGUGUCGGGUGAGGCCGUGCGGCGUUGACGGCUGCCCACUUCGUCACAACGCGCUUCUUCAUAAACAAUUGUCAGCGGCUCCACUAGUCAACGUUAUUCACGCCCAGGAAACCAACAAUAACCCCACGUCAUCUCACCAACCUACCGACGAAAAGGUAAUAGUGUCUACUACCUCUACCGGCACACAAAAGUCAAAUGCAAAAGUAGCUCCCUGUUCCCGAGCUCACUUAAAGAUCUUACCUGUCACUGUCACGGGGCCUGCCGGGUCCUGUAACGUCUACGCGUUCCUUGAUGACGGUAGUACUGCUAGUCUCAUAGAUUCCAGCAUUGCCACGCGUAUAGGAGCGACUGGGCCAAAACAGACCAUAACGGUAAACGGUGUGUGCCAACUCCAAUGUGAGGCUACUAUAUCAUACGUAGAUUUUCAAAUUAAAGGUAGGUACACAAAUGAGACCUUUUCAGUGAGAAAUGCUCGAUGCGUGGAUUCUUUAGGUUUGCGGACGCAGUCACUCAAACGUGAAGCGCUUGAAUCCUUUUCACAUUUGACUGACUUAGUCGACGUUCUAACAUACGAAAGCGCUACACCGACUGUUUUAAUAGGCGCCGAACAUUGGUACUUAUCAAUCGCUCGUGCUGUUUGUGUCGGCGGUAUUAACGAGCCAGCCGCCUGUUUAACAGCACUAGGAUGGACUUUGUACGGCGUUGUCUCUAGUAAGACCAAGUUAGUUGAAUUUAUUAAUUACACACACACAGAAAUAAAUAAUGAUGAAAACUUGGAGUCUCUAAUCAAAGAACAAUACAAACUAGACUCUAUAGGAAUCACAAAAACGGAAACAUUGCAUAGCAAACUAGACCAGCGCGCAGUCGACAUUUUGGAAGCAACUUCCAUACGACUGCCCACUGGUCGAUUUGAAGUAGGCAUGCCUUGGCGUGACGGUAUACAGCGUGUUCCUGAUAGUUACCCACAGGCGAUGUCACGUUUUUUAAGUUUGGAGCGGCGCAUGUGCAAAGAGCUCGAUUUUGCUAAGUCAUAUAAUACAUUUAUUAACAAUAUGAUAACAAAAGGUUACGCCGAGGAAUGUACACCAGAGACCUACUACGCGCAGUACAAUAACAAAUCUGACAACAUUCGCCUCUACCUUCCUCAUUUCGGUGUUUACCACCCUCAAAAACAAAAGGUUCGUGUAGUCCAUGACGCAGCAGCCAAGAAUGAAGGAGUCAGCCUGAACUCCUUAUUGCUAUCAGGUCCUGAUCUUCUUCAACCUCUGCUGAAAGUCCUGUUUCGCUUUAGGGAAUGUCGUGUGGGAAUAACCGCAGAUAUUAAAGAGAUGUUUCCCCAAGUGCGAGUAAGAGAGCAAGAUAGGGACGCUCUUCGAUUUCUGUGGAGACCCGAUAAAACGAUCGCUAUUAAGGAGUACAGAAUGACGUCUGUCAUCUUCGGCGCCUGCUGUAGCCCCUUUAUCGCGCAAUUUAUAAAAAACAAAAACGCUCUUGAACAUGCCGAUUUAUACCCGCUAGCUGUGGACGCCAUUUUGUUCAACCACUACAUGGAUGACUAUAUUGACUCUCAAGAUGGCGUCGACGAAGCGGCUCAGUUAGCGGCAGACAUUGUUACCGUGCACAAUGCUGCUUGUUUCGAGAUGCGAGGAUGGAUUUCUAACGCGCCAGAGGCCCUAAAACUUGUCCCCGAGGACCUUAGAGCUACUCAGCCGUUAGAAAUCGAUCUUGGGGAAUCCGCCAACAGCAUCCGAGCCCUAGGCAUAGCAUGGAACCCUACUUUAGACAUGUUAGGUUUUCGCACAGGUUUACUUGAAACCGUUCCUAGUUCACUAACAAAACGAAAAGUUCUGUCACAUGUCAUGCGCGUGUACGACCCAUUGGGUCUUUUAGGUCCUAUAGUUAUAAAGGGACGAAUUUUGUUCCAACAGACUUGGAGAUCUAACAUUGAUUGGGACACCGAACUCCCACAGACCGAAUCAUCUAAGUGGUUUGAAUGGUUCCAAGAACUUUUAAAAGUUUCUUCGUUGAAGAUCCCGCGUUGGUAUUCAAAAAUAAAAGGCUCGGAACCUUCAUAUCGAGAACUGCAUGUUUUUGCGGAUGCGAGUGAGCUUGCCUACGCCUGUGUCGCAUAUUGGCGCUUAGUGUACCCUGACGGCAGCAUCGAGCUCAUUCUCAUCGCAAGUAAAACGAGGGUCUCCCCACUUAAACCUAUAUCUAUCCCGCGAUUGGAGUUACAAGCCGCUUUGAUAGCUUCUCGAUUAGCACUCGUUAUCAAGGACAGCCAUCGUAAAAAACCAACGCGUACAUAUUUUUGGACCGAUUCGAUGACUGUCCUCCAAUGGUUGCGUAGUGAUGCACGAGCGUUUAAGCCUUUUGUUGCCCACCGCCUAGGUGAAAUAUUAGAAAAUUCUGCUGUCAAAGACUGGCACUGGGUACCGACAGACUUAAAUGUGGCUGAUGACGCAACUAGACUUCGUCCAAUUGAUCUAACCCUUUCACAUCGGUGGUUUUUUGGCCCAUCAUUUCUUUUAAAGUCCCCCGAGGACUGGCCCACAGAGCCACUUAAUGUCACAUCAAACCUCGAAGAACUUAAAUGCCAACCAAUUGAGUCGGUGGCGGUAACUUCAGUUAAUGGCGUUUUGCCAAAUCCGGUCACAGCAAAUCUAGAAUAUUUUAAUGACUGGCUCCGGUUAUUACGUGCCACAGCCCGGGUACAUCAAGCUGUGGCAAUUUUCGGCAACAUUUUGGCCUCAAUUAGAAAUUCUAAAGUAAAAAAUGGAGCGGUUCCUUCUCGCUCGCGUUGUUCAUCAACGUCCACCACUCACACACCUUUGAACGCAGACCUAAUAAAAGCCGCUGAAAGGCAUAUUUUGCAACGGAUUCAACUGGAUAGCUUUUCCGAAGAGUUCCACUGUAUUAUCAACUCAAAACCGAUUCCUUCAAAUAGCCGUCUCACCAAACUAUCACCCUCUCUGGGAGAAGAUAAUUUAAUUCACUUGGCUGGAAGGAUAAAAGCGGUAGAAGAUAUUGACCCAGAAACACGAUCUCCUAUAUUACUAGAUGGUCGUCACCCGAUCGCACGGUUGUUAGUACAAUUAUAUCACAGACGAGCAGGGCACGCCAACAAUGAAUACGUCAUUAAUGACAUAAGACAAAGAUUCUGGCUUCUGAGGCUUCGAGAUACAGUCAGAUCAGUCGCUCAUAAAUGCUUGUUUUGCAAGAUUCGCAAAUCGAAGCCUAUGAACCCCGCCACUGGAGACCUGCCACCUCAAAGGCUCGCACACCACCAGAGGGCAUUCACCUUUACCGGCUUAGAUUAUUUCGGCCCUGUCAAUGUCACAGUGGGUCGCCGCCAUGAAAAACGUUAUGUAGCCCUUUAUACAUGUCUCACAACACGGGCAUUACACCUGGAAUUGGUACACAGCCUUUCAUCUGACUCUGCCAUAAUGAGCUUGAGGCGUUUUAUUGCCCGAAGAGGUAUCCCUAAUACAAUUUACUCAGACAACGGGACCGCCUUCGUUGGAGCAGACCGCAUCCUACGCCAAUUCUACUCAGAUGGUAUGAAAGAAGAAGCAGCGACUAGAGGAAUCAGGUGGAGUUUUAUCCCCGCAGCUGCACCUUCGUUUGGAGGAUGCUGGGAGCGUUUGGUAAGAACAGUAAAAGUGGCGCUGAAAGCAACGCUUAACGAAAGGUUCCCUAAAGAGGAGACAUUGAUGACGUUACUAAUGGAAGCCGAAGCGAUUGCAAAUUCUCGCCCACUAACACAUGUGUCUACAGACCCAGAGGAUCCUACGGCCCUUACGCCUUUCCACUUCCUGAUUGGAAGCCCUUCUAAUCAAACACUGCCAUCUGCCUUAGAAGACCGUGACCUUUUCGGACGCUUGGAGUGGAAAAAGGCAAUCAGGUUAUCAGACCACUUUUGGAAGCGCUGGGUGCGUGAGGUAUUGCCAACAAUGCAAACGCGAGUAAACGUAAAGGGAGAUCGUGGGCAAGAACUACAAAUAGGAGAUGUGGUGAUAAUAGUGGACGAAUCACUACCUCGCGGAACAUGGCCAAAAGGAAGGAUAACGAAUAUGUUUCCCGGAAAAGAUGGCGUAAACAGGGUGGUGGACGUUGCAACCGCUGGGGGUACGUUACGCCGCCCCCUCAAAAAGUUGAUUAGAAUAACCUAAGACUAAGACUGACAUUAGUAAGUAGGUUAUUUAAGAUUUAGGUUAGUUGGUGCAUAGCUGCACGAGGGGCAGGAUGUUCCAAACUCUUUGCAGAAUUGAAAUAUGUAGUAUAGA